AGUCGUCAUUUGAGAGUAUCUGUGGGCAGGCUACCGCCUGGGCUCCGGCGCCAGGAAAGCGCGUCCACCCUUACCAAAAAUGCCCCGGAAGUGCCUCCGCUUUAGGUAAUGAUGGCCCUAGCGCUUGGUAAAAGGGAGGCGGGGCUGCGCCUGCGCUCCAAGUUCGGCGGGGAAGAUGGCGGAUGACAAGGAUUCUCUGCCCAAGCUUAAGGACCUGGCGUUUCUCAAGAACCAGCUGGAGCGCCUGCAGCAGCGUGUGGAAGACGAAGUCAGUAGUGGUGUGGGACAGGAUGGUUCGCUCUUGUCCUCCCCAUUCCUCAAAGGCUUCCUGGCCGGCUAUGUGGUGGCCAAACUGAGGGCAUCCGCAGUAUUGGGCUUUGCUGUGGGCACCUGCACCGGCAUCUACGCGGCUCAGGCAUAUGCCGUGCCAAAUGUGGAGAAGACAUUGAGGGACUAUCUGCGGUCGCUGCGCAAAGGGCCUGGCUAGCUCUGGAUCCCACGGGGAGGCAGGAUGAGCAGCUGGGACCUGCAGGUGGACCUCUCGACCACAGACACUGUAUCUGGCUUCCCCAGCUGUCACCCAUUUGCUGUCUCCCACUUUCUUGCCACCUUUGUCCUUGCUUCCUUUCCUGCAGAGGGUGCACAGUGGCUCAUAGCCACCACCUUGGACUCCUCCUUUCCUCCCUAACCCCAUGGGACUGAUCCCAAGACCGUGGCUUCUAGGGCCACCAGAACUCUUCCCACCCUGACUGUGGAGUUCACAGUUGACUGUGAUCCUUAGCAUUCUCUCUGGCCAUGUACCACGGCUCUUCUCUCCUGACAGCCAGCUCCAUAUUUUGAUUCUCUCCAAACAUAUCACAAUCCUCCCUGCCCCUUGCUAGUUUCACCCAGGGUCUGGUGUGAGCAUGAGUGUAGAAGAUGGGGGUGCGGCAGGCCUGGGCCCACCCAGGCAGGCCCGCUGGACCCUGAUGCUACUCCUGUCCACUGCCAUGUAUGGUGCCCAUGCCCCAUUGUUGGCACUGUGCCAUGUGGAUGGCCAAGUGCCCUUCCGACCCUCCUCAGCUGUGCUGCUGACUGAACUGACCAAGUUGCUGUUGUGCGCCUUCUCCCUCCUGGUGGGCUGGCAAGCGUGGCCCCAGGGGUCCCCACCCUGGCGCCAGGCUGCCCCCUUUGCACUAUCAGCCUUGCUCUAUGGCGCUAACAACAACCUGGUGAUCCAUCUUCAGCGGUACAUGGACCCCAGCACCUACCAGGUGCUGAGCAAUCUCAAGAUUGGAAGCACAGCCCUGUUCUACUGCCUCUGCCUCCGGCACCGCCUCUCCGCACGCCAGGGCCUAGCACUGCUGCUGCUGAUGGCAGCAGGGGCCUGCUAUGCAGCUGGUGGCCUCCAAGACCCUGGGGACACCCUUCCUGGGUCCCCUCCAGCAGCUGUGGCUGGUCCCAUGCCCCUGCAUAUCACUCCACUAGGACUGCUGCUCCUCGUCUUGUACUGCCUCAUCUCAGGCUUGUCGUCCGUGUACACAGAGCUGCUGUUGAAGCGACAGCGGCUGCCCCUGGCACUUCAGAACCUCUUCCUCUACACUUUCGGUGUGCUCCUAAACCUAGGACUGCAUGCAGGUGGCGGCCCUGGCCCAGGCCUCCUGGAGGGCUUCUCGGGAUGGGCAGCGCUCGUGGUGCUGAGCCAGGCACUAAAUGGACUGCUCAUGUCAGCUGUCAUGAAGCACGGCAGCAGCAUCACACGCCUCUUUGUGGUGUCCUGCUCGCUGGUGGUCAACGCUGUGCUCUCAGCAGCCCUGCUGCGGCUGCAGCUCACAGCCGCCUUCUUCCUGGCCACGCUGCUCAUUGGCCUGGCAGUGCGCCUGUACUACGGCAGCCACUAGCCUCUGACCACCUCCACCCUGACUCCUGACCCUGGAGAUUGGGCAUCACCAUUAGAGCCACCUCCUAGCCCCCCUUACCCUCAGCAGCCCCGUAACAAGUGCCUUGUGAGAAAAGCUGGGGAGGUGGAGGUGUACCCCUGGGAGACUUGGAUCGUGGCUUUGGUUAAGAACUGGAAACUCUCAAACACCCCCUCUCCCCCCAGUUCUUCCUAAGAAAUUAAAGGAGCAUCAGUACCUAGGCCCAAGAAGUGACCCCAUUCCUGAUAGAGAAGGUUCCUUGGCUCAUUAUACGUGAAUGCAGUUGCUUAAAGUGGGUAACAGUUGGUUCCCCUUUCCUACUGUGGCCACCCCAGCAGACCCAUAUCCCCAAGGCCUGGUGCUGGCUGCCCAGCUGUGGUGCAUGAUUCCCCCAUAAAGGAUACUUGCCCCCAACUGUCUUGCAGAAAAGCCCAAUUGCCACAGAUUCCACACCCAUUGCCUCGGCCAUUCUGCCGAGCUCCCCUAGCUCUAGCAGCAUCUGGAGACAGUGCCUCCUGCUCCCUCCACAGUGCUGCUCUCCACAUCCAGCCUUUGUUCUGGAAAUUCCAGAGGGGCUGGGACUUAAUUUGUCUCAGGAGAUGUCCCUGGGCCCCGGCUUAAGUCUACACUCCUGACCUCUCUUCAUCCAAAGACCCUCUUGAAGCCCACUGCCCCAUCUAGAGCUCCUAGGAGUUACCAUCCUCCCCACUCUAGGUCCUGCUCCUGCCUAACAGUGUCCCAGCUCCCAGCAGCCACGGAAGCUCUGCACAGAGUGACCUGGGACUAGGCACAGGGAAACAGUUCAAUUGUGUCUAACUGCAUAAGCAAUAAAGUCAAUAAAGCUUUCUGGAGUGAGGGCAGUUCCUCCAUUCGGCCAUGA